AUGCAGGUCAUAUCUGUGAUGAUGCUGUGUGCGGUGGCAGUACAAGCCUUAUGGCCCAUCCCCACAACAUACGAGGCUGGCAAUCAGACUCUCUGGAUAGAUCAAUCCGUCAAAAUCACAUACAAGGGCGCUCAGCAGAGCACCUACGGCUAUGGUGCGACCAACAAUAACUCCACUUGGACUAAUAAAAUUGUCACAAACGCCAUUGAGAGGACCUACGACACACUUUUCAACAAGAACUUCUAUCCGUGGAAGUUCCAUCCUCGCAAUACCAAUUUUGAGCCAGCACUCACCAGCAGCUCGACCUUUGUAAAGUCGAUCACACUUGUUCAGAAUGCUACCGACCCCUCUGAUAUCAUGAAGCCGUCUGCUGGUGGUGUGAACGAGGCUUACACACUGACCAUGACCUCGGAUGGUGUGGUGACUAUCACCGCGGCUUCUUCCAUAGGCCUCCUGCAUGGCCUCACCUCUUUCACUCAGCUAUUCUUCCAGUGCAGCAGCGGUGGUGGCGUCUACUCCCCCUUCGCACCAGUCUCUAUCUCGGAUUCACCGAAGUUUGUCUGGAGAGGUUUGAACGUCGAUACUUCGCGAACCUAUAAACCGCUGAGCGACCUUUUCGCCAUGGUAGACGCACUAUCUUACAACAAGAUGAAUCGCCUGCACUGGCAUGUCACGGACAGUCAAGCCUGGCCACUUGAGAUCCCCUCUAUGCCCGAGCUUACCGACAAGGGAGCUUAUAUCUCUACUCAGAAGUACUCGCCAAGUGACGUCCAGAGUCUGCAGGAGUAUGGUGCCUUGUUGGGCGUCGAAGUAGUUGUGGAGAUCGACAAUCCGGGUCAUACUGCCUCGAUCGCUUUCUCUCACCCGGAACUCAUUGCGGCUUUCGAGGUCCUUCCCAACUGGGAUACCUAUGCAGCAGAACCACCUUCAGGCACGCUCAAGCUCAAUUCGACGGCUGUCUAUAACUUCUUGGAAAAGUUGUUCGAUGAUCUGCUGCCGCGCUUGAAGCCCUUGAGCAGCUACUUUCACCUUGGUGGAGACGAAGUAAAUAUGAUGGCCUAUUUACUGGAUGAUACCGUUAAGAGUAAUCUGUCAACAGUCCUUCAGCCAUUGAUGCAGAAAUAUAUGGACCGCAACAUGGCUCAGGUGGAGUCGUAUGGUCUGACACCCUUGGUUUGGGAGGAGAUGCUCUUGGACUGGAAUCUCACUCUACCGUCUAACACUAUCGUUCAGACGUGGCUCAGUGAUGCUUCGGUAGCGGAGACUGUGGGCAAAGGGUACAAAGCGCUCGCCGGCAACUACGAGUUCUGGUACCUUGAUUGCGGGAAAGGUCAAUGGCUGGACUUCUAUCAGACCGACGCGGCUGGGUUCUGGCCAUUCCAGGAUUAUUGUGCUCCAUUCCACAACUGGCGUCUCAUGUACAGCUACGACCCACUCAGUGGUGUGCCAGCGAAUGCUACGCAUCUUGUGCUGGGUGGAGAAGCACACAUCUGGUCUGAGCAAACAGACAGCGUCAACCUCGACCAGAUGGUGUGGCCUCGUACUUGUGCUGCUGCGGAGGUAUUGUGGAGUGGUGCCAAGGAUGCGAGUGGGCAGAACAGAAGCCAAGUCACGGCGAGUCCGCGACUGGCAGAGAUGCGCGAGAGAUUGGUGGCGAGAGGCAUAAAAGCUGAGCCAGUGCGUAUGCCAUUCUGCUCGAUGAACGGAACACAGUGUGCUUUGUAA